AUGGUCGAUCCCAAAUUUCUGAAUGCUGGUAAAAAGAUUGGCCUAGAAGUAUGGAGAAUCAAGGUUUGUAAUCUCAACGUAAUUCUUCAGCUCUUGUAGAAAUUUGAUCUCGAAGUUGUCCCCAAAGAGCAAUUUGGGAACUUUUACUCGGGGGAUUCUUAUAUAAUUCUGAAUGUAAGUCAAAACUCAUCAAAUUUAGUCGCUCAGACAAAGAACAAUGACAAUUGGUAUGUUCAUUUCUGGCUGGGUCGCAACACAACCCAGGACGAGGCGGGGACUGCGGCCAUUAAGACGGUGGAAUUAGAUGAUUCUUUGGGAGGUAUUCCAGUGCAAUAUCGAGAAGUUCAAGAUCAUGAAAGCGCACUCUUCCUCUCGUAUUUCAGAGAUGGAAUCAAGUGAGGAUUCUGACGUCGGAUAAACAGUAAUUUAAGAUACUUGCAAGGAGGUCAUGCCACAGGAUUCAAUCAUGUUGUUGAUCCUUAUGAUGGUUACAAACCAAAACUUUUCCAAUGCAAAGGCAAGAGGAAUGUCCGUUGUACCCAAGUGGAUUGUAUCAAGGAGUCUCUUAACCUCGGGGAUGUCUUCAUUCUCGAUUCUGGACUUGAUAUUUAUGUCUGGAUGCCUCCCGAGUCCGGGAGAUUGGAGAGAAUGAAGGGAGUCAACCAGGCCAAGAGUAUCAGGGAUCAAGAGAGAGCUGGUCGUCCCAAGAUUCAUGUAGUAGAUCAGGAAUGGAACACCAACCAUGAUUUCUGGAAACCAUUUGGAGGAAAUCAAUGGGCUUCUUGGGUCAAAACACCUCGUGCCGGAGGGGCUGAUGAAAAUUAUUGGAGGGAAAAGGGAGAAGCCGUCACUUUGUGGAAGGUCUCUGAUGCCAGUGGAACUCUACAAAUCACCAAAAUCAAACAAGGAAAUCAGGAAAUGAAGGAUUUGAAUAGCAAUGUAAGUAUUCAUAGCUAAUGUAGGGUGUAAUUGCACCUUACAGGACGCCUUUAUCCUCGAUGCUGAUCAAGGAGGUCUUUUUGUGUGGAUUGGAAAAGGAUGCACUCAGCAAGAAAGAUCAAAGGCUCAAAAGUGGGGCCAGGAAUAUCUGGAGCAACAUGUGAGAGUAAUAAAAAUUUUAUAUUAUAAUGCAAACUUUAGAAACGGAAUAAAUACACUCAGGUGGUGAAAGUUCUGGAAGGAGCGGAGCCCCAGAUCUUCACUCAAUGGUUCUCCAACUGGUCGGAUGCUAAGAAAACGUCCAAAUUCAAACCAAAGUUUUUCAAUGUGUCAAAUGAAACAGGGAAACUCGUGGUUGAGGAGAUUGCCGACUUCUAUCAGGAAGAUCUGGAUACCGAUGACGUCAUGAUCCUCGAUGCACUCAACACAAUCUAUGUUUGGAUUGGUGAUGGAGCCAAUAAAGUUGAGAAAGAGGCAGCAAACGAGACAGCGAAGAAGUAUCUGGAAACCGACAACGUCCCGAGACAUAAAACUGCCGAUAUUGAUAUACUAUACCAGGGGAAAGAGAACCCUGGAUUCAAGAAGUUAUUCCCCGCAUGGGACGAGAAGAUGUGGGCAAAGGUAGGCGACUAUUCCCAGUAUUUACGAUGAUUUUUUUUCAGCAGGAGAAAGAUUACAAAAACCUUCGCGAACUUCUCUUCUAA